UUUGGGAAGAAUCCCAAAGUUUUCUCCAGAUGCCAUGGAUAUAUGCAGCAGAGUGAAAUUGAUGUUCUCCGAACUUGCUCGCGAAGUAGCAGAAGCAACCUACGUCAAAAGCCCCUUUAGAUAUGCCAUUUCGAAGCUGGGAGAGGCGGUGUUAAUCAGUCCAAAGAAGCACAAUGCGCUGUGCAGGAGGAGAUUUCUAAGAAAUGGACACGAUGAUCAACUUAGAAGUUAAAGAGCUAACGGUAAGCGGUUAAUAUUGAUUUGCAUGGCUCAAGCCUCAUUUUUACUCUAUCUCUCAUGGCUGCUUCUUCUUCUUCUUCGUCGCCUGACUUUAAGAGAUACCAUGUCUUUUCGAGUUUCCAUGGACCAGACGUCCGUAGUGGAUUUCUCAGUCAUUUACACAAUUAUUUUGCAAGCAAAGGGAUCACAACGUUCAACGAUCAAGAGAUGGAGAGAGGCCAUACGAUCGGGCCUGGGCUCGUGCAAGUGAUUAAAGAAUCUAGAGUCUCGAUUGUGGUGCUCUCGAAGAAGUACGCUUCUUCAGGCUGGUGCUUAGAUGAGUUGGUGGAAAUCUUGAAGUGCAAAGAAGCUUCAGGGCAGGCUGUGUUGACUAUUUUUUACAAAGUUGAUCCUUCUGAUGUACGGAAACAGCGGGGAGACUUUGGAAAUACUUUCAAGAAAACUUGUGAAGGGAAAACCGAUGAAGUGAAGCAGAGAUGGAGCAAUGCUUUGGCAUAUAUAGCAACCGUAGCUGGGAGACACUCUCUAAACUGGGCUAAUGAAGCUGAGAUGAUCCAGAAGAUUGCUAUAGAUAUUUCAAACAAACUGAAUGUUACACCUUCAAGGGAUUUUGAAGGGAUGGUGGGACUUGAAGCUCACCUGACGGAACUCAACACUUUGUUAUGCCUGGAAAGUGAUGAUGUGAUGAUGAUUGGAAUUUGGGGUCCUGGGGGCAUUGGUAAGACUACCAUUGCUAGAGCUUUAUUUAACCAACUCUCUACCAAUUUUCGGCUUAGUUGUUUUAUGAGGAACCUCAAGGGUGUUGAUGACUGGGAUUCGAAGUUGUAUUUGCAAAAUAAGCUUCUGUCCAAAAUUUUGAACCAAAAGGAUAUAAAGAUACAUCAGUUAGGCGCAAUAAAAGAGUGGCUACAUAACCAACGAGUGCUCAUCAUUCUUGACGAUGUAGAUGAUCUAGAGCAAUUAGAGGUUUUGGCUAAAGAAACUUCUUGGUUUGGUUCUGGAAGUCGGAUCAUUGUUACCUUAAAAGAUAAGAAGAUUUUGAAGGCACAUGGGAUCAACGAUAUCUACCAUGUGGAUUUUCCAUCCGAAGAAGAAGCUCUUGAGAUGUUAUGUCUAUCUGCUUUCAAACAGAAUUCUCCACAAGAUGGUUUCGAAGAGCUUGCAAGAAAAGUAAUAAAGCUUUGCGGUAAUCUUCCAUUGGCCCUUAGGGUUGUGGGUUCUUCUUUAUAUAGGGAGAGCGAGGAUGAGUGGAGGCUUCAAUUAUAUGGGAUAGAAACUAAUCUUGAUAGAAAACUUGUGGAUGUCUUGAGAGUGGGGUAUGACAAAUUGUUAGAGAAACAUCAAUCUCUGUUUCGUCAUAUUGCAUGCUUUUUCAACCAUAAAAGUGUUGAUUAUAUGACAGCCAUGCUCGCUGACAGUACUUUGGAUGUCAAAAAUGGGUUGAAUACCUUAGCCGCUAAAUCUCUUGUGUAUAUAUCUACUAAUGGGUGGAUUACGAUGCACUGUCUACUACAACAAUUGGGUAAACAAGUUGUUGUUCAACAGUCUGACGAGCCAGGGAAACGUCAGUUUUUAGUUGAAGCCAAAGAGAUUUGCGAUGUUCUGGCAAAUGAAACUGUAAGAUCUUACCUAUAUAUAUUGCCUAUUUUGUAAUUGUGAUAACAAAUCUUGUUUUGCAAUAUUAAGUUUCAAGGUUGACAUCUGUCAUACCUUUCAAGUUUCAAGGUAA